AUGACCCUACUUCAAAUUCUCUCUUACACUUUUACUAUUUUAAUCGCAUACUUUAUUCUUAUACCGAGUAUUCAGAUAUUGAUUUCUCCACUGCAAUGGCAUGCGACUAACAAGUACGACUUUGCUUCACUAAAUAUUGCUCUGCACAAGAAAUAUGGGCCCAUCGUCCGUCUCGGACCCAACCGCUAUAGCGUCAACGAUGCCGAAGCAACCAAAAUUUUUCUUGGUCACGCCAACGCCCUAGAUAAAACACAAUACUACGUUUCUUUUGGCUCACCCAAGAGACCCAAUAUAUUUACCGAACCAAAAAUCUCGGCUCAUAAAAUCCUACGCCGUCCAACGUCUGCGCUCUACUCAAUCACUAGCUUGCUCUCCUACGAACCCUUUGUAGAUACAUGCAACAAAAUCCUAGCCAACCGCCUCCGCGAAUACGCGCGCAGCAACAAAGACAUGGAUAUGCGAUUGAUGAUGCAAUACUACGCUUUUGAUGUGAUUGGAGAAAUCACCGCAGGAUCCCGCUUCGGAUUCAUGGAAGAUGGCGACAAGAAUAACAUGAUUACUCCUAUUGACGACAUGGUCAAGAUUGGAGCAAUGUUUGGGCUUGUAUCCGAGCUGAAUUACCUAGUUGUGUAUCUCGCUGGUAUUUUCAAGGUGAAGCCACCCUUCCAAAAGAUUCUUGAUUUUGCACUCGUUCAUAUAAACGACCGCACCUCAGGACGCACAAAAUCAAGGGAUGAUCGUCAGGAUUUCAUCGACAAAUUGCUACCACUGGAAAGCGAGGGGAAAAUCACAAGAAUGGACACUAUAGAUGCAUGUGGUGGUAACAUCGCGGCUGGUUCAGACACGACUGCCAUUUCCCUUACUGCUACUUUUGCGUACCUGGCUAUGAACCCUGUGGCGCUUGCUAAACUCCGGGACGAACUCGACAAAGCCACGAGCAAUGGAACGCUGUCUGAUCCAGCGACUUUUCAGGAAGCACAGAAGUUGCCCUAUCUUCACGCCGUUAUUUAUGAAUCUCUUCGUAUGCAUUCCGCUGUUGGUGCGCCAAUGGCUCGUGUUAUUGGUAAAGAGGGUGCUACUCUUGCGGGCCAAUACUUCCCUCCAGGCACUGAAGUCGGCGUCAAUCCCUGGGUCGCACACUACAACACCGACAUCUUCGGUCCUGAUGCAGCAAAAUUCGUGCCCGAGCGCUGGUUGACUGACGAUGCUGAGAAGCUGUCUAGCAUGAACCGCAACCUUCUAGCCUUUGGCGCGGGACCGAGGACGUGUCUAGGGAAGAAUAUUUCGUUAUUAGAGAUGUUUAAAGUGGUGCCGCAGGUUAUAAGACAUUUUGACUUUGAGAUUUUAGCGGAUAAACAGACGGGCAAAGGAUAUGCUUGGAAGACUUACUGGUUUACAAAGCAAGAUUUUAAGUGUCGUGUUGUGGAGCGAAAGGCAUAG